AUGUUGUGCAUCAAACCUACAUCGAUUUUAACCGCUCAUCCUCAACAACAACCAAAAUCAGAGUAUGUUUCAUUGAAAAGAGUGACUGUUGAAGCAACAAUACGAUCGUUUGCCGCUGAUGUUACAAUAAAACAAGUUUUUCGUAACGAUGAAGCAACACCGAUCGAAGCUGUCUAUUGCUUUCCCAUUGAAGAACAGGCUGCUGUUUAUGCAUUUGUCGCUCAUAUUGACGAUCGAGAAAUAAUUGCGAAUCUAAAAGAAAAACAGGAGGCACAACAAGAAUAUAGUGAUGCUCUUCGUCAAGGCCAAGGUGCCUAUUUACUGGAACAAAAUGAAAAAUCCCAGGACAAUUUUAUUAUCAAUGUUGGUGGACUUUUACCGGGCAAAGAAUGUCAUAUAACAAUAUCGUAUGUGACUGAACUCGAUCUUAUACAAAAUGGUCGGAAGAUUCGUUUUGUUAUUCCCACUACGAUUGCACCUCGUUAUAAUCCAAAUAACGGUGGUAUUGGUUCACCAGCUGAAACCAAUUCAAAAUAUGUUCAAACAAGUUCUUAUACCAUUGAUUUUCGAUGUCAAGUCGAUAAAAUGGGUGUCUCAAGUGUCAGUUCACCGUCACAUCCGAUUCAAGUGGGCUUUAGUCAAGAAGAUUUUUAUACGGUUGAAUUUGCUCAGCAAAAUACACAUCUGGAUCGAGAUAUUCUUCUCGAUGUGGAUCUCGUUGAGAACCGGUCGAAUACAAUUAUCGCUAUUGAAUCAGGCGCUAUUAUGGCUUCAUUUACGCCAACAGAAGAUGAUUGUCAACGUAUCAUGAAUAAUAUUGGAACAACGAAUGAAUUCAUUUUUGUUAUUGAUUGUAGUGGAUCAAUGAGAGAUGAAAACAAGAUCGGAUUAGCACGCCAAUCAAUGCUACUAUUUCUUAAAAGUCUUCCAGUCAAUUGUAAAUUCAAUAUUAUUCGAUUUGGAUCUUUACAUCAGUCGCUCUUUGACAAGAUUACGGCUGUGUACAAUAAAGAAAAUGUUCAAAAAGCUGAAGAAUAUAUGAAACAAAUGCAAGCAGAUUUAGGUGGAACUGAACUUUUAAAACCUCUUGAAUGGCUUCAACAACACAUACCAGAACAAGGACAUGCUCGACAAGUUUUUCUAUUGACCGAUGGAGAAAUUUCAAAUGUCGAUCAAGUAAUAGAUUUAUGCCGUUCAAUGGCAACAUCUACACGAAUAUUUUCGUUUGGUUUGGGUAAUUCGCCUAGUCGUUCGUUGGUGAAAGGUCUUGCUAGAGCAACCAAUGGUCGUUUUGCUUUUAUUCCACCUAAUAGUAGCGUUGAUAUUUAUGUCGGUGAACAAUUACAAAAAGCUCUUCAACCUUGUAUAACAAAUACACAAGUAAACUGGAAUUUGAAUACACUUGUAACGAGUAUUCCAACAAAGAUACCGCCAGUGUAUGUUAACGAUCGACUGCUGGUCUACGCAUUAGCCGAUGAUUUGACUUCACGAUUCGAUCAAAACGCUAGCGUAAAAUUCUAUGUUGAUCAACAUCCAUUGGGUGAAGCAAAUAUUAAUCGUAUACCGAACGUGAACAACAAUGGGACAAUCGCUCGACUUGCUGCUAAAGCACUUAUUCUUGAACUACAACAUGCGAAGACUCCAUCAAAGAAUAUUACAGGUUCAUUACAAACUCGGUUUCAACCAUCUCAGCAAGUAUCGACAACAGCUACGACAGAUGAAAAAGAUAUGACAAAGAAAAGAAUUAUUGAAUUAUCACUCAAAUAUAAAAUUCUCAGUCCAUACACUGCAUUUGUUGGCGUCGAAAAACGUGAAAACGGAAAUAAUGCCGGUAUGACCUUACGUGAAGUGCCCAUUCAAAUUUCAGCAGAUGAUCAACAUUUGACAAUAAGAAAUGCAAACGUUCCUCCUGCUAGGGCCUCUAGCGUAUCAUUUAUGAAGAAGAAUAUGAUGAUGAUGCCAACAUCAAAGUCGAGCUAUCGAUCGCCAGUCCCGGGAAGUAUUAAAAACAGAGAUUCGUCUCGCAGUAGUCAAGUUAAAAAAGAUGCCAUGGCUUCAAUGUCAAACUGCUUCGAGCCAGAAAGCUUUGCAGAGUGUACAUCAAUGAUGCACAGUCCUAGUAUAUUAACGUCCAGUUCAUCAAAUGCAAGAAGUUCAGAAGAGGCAUUGCCGAAAGACGAUCACAGUGUUGUUCGCUUUUUGAUCGAUAGACAAAACUUCGAUGGUCUAUGGGACCUAGAUUCGAAAACUAUGGAAAAAUUGGUAGGUCGAUCUUUGUCUGUGUUUUCGUCAUCGUACAAUCAUCAAGUUCUUAUUUCGGCUAUUAUUAUCAUCAUAUUGGAAACGCGUUACUCUUCACUGUCAGUUUUAUGGUAUGGUGUCGUACAAAAAGCACGUAAAUGCCUCGUCGAUUUACUCGACAAUGAUACUAAUCGAUUGGAAAGCCUAUUCGAGCAUAUUCGCCAACAUCUUUGA